AUUACUAGAUUGGUAUAAAAACUAUUCUUUUUCCAAUUAGACAAAAAUAACGUCAUCAUCAACACUUCUCCACUAUAGCAUACCCACCAAUCAAUGUUCCCAUAAAUAUUUAUAAAUCGCCCUUUUUCCAUACUAUUCAGCAUGAAUCCAAGACUUGUGGAUAUAUUUUUAAUAGAAGGACCCCACUUUGAUGACCCCACCUUAUUAUCUAAUACUGCCACGUGUCCUCCCUCCCCUUGUCUAUGUCAUCAAAAAAGAAACUAUACGGAAACUCCCUCUUCCUCUUAACUCUUUAAAUCCUAUCGAAUUGUCCUCAACCCACAACUCCCCUCCUCCUCUCUUAACUCCCACCCUUCCCUCUCUAUUGUUAAUAUAUCAUGGCAGAGUUUGUGGAGUGUCCAAAUUCUCUUAAACCCUCUCCUCUCCCCUUCAUUGAAAUAGACCAGAACUUUGAUUCAAUGAGCCAUUUUGAUGAGUUCAAUGUGCAUGUCGUGGAGAAUUCUAACAACUUGGGCUUUAUGGGCUUCUCCAAUGACAACUUCUUACCGUUCUUGGAGAAUUUUUCAGGCCUUUCGCCUGUCGAAAGCCCGAAAAAGCCCUUGAGCCCAGUCCAAGCCGUUUCAGUUGGAGAACAAAGGAAAGGGGAGAAGAAGAGGAAGGCAGAGGCAGUCUCAGAGACUAACUCUUUGCAGUACUCUUCAGUAGUAGCUCCUUCAGAAACCAAGAAGAAAAAUAGAGGGAGGAGAAACUCAAAGGAAGAGGAGAAGCCAAAGGAGGUGGUUCAUGUGAGGGCAAGAAGAGGCCAAGCAACUGACAGCCAUAGCUUAGCUGAAAGGGUGAGAAGAGAGAAGAUAAAUGAAAGGAUGAGAUGCUUGCAAGACCUUGUUCCUGGUUGCUAUAAGACAAUGGGCAUGGCGGGAACGCUUGAUGAGAUAAUUAACUAUGUGCAGUCCCUUCAGAACCAAGUUGAGUUUCUUUCUAUGAAACUUACAGCAGCCAGCUCCUUUUACGAUUUCAAUUCAGACAUAGAAGCUACAGCAACAACACAACCAGUGCUUCCAAGGGUGAGUGAUGCUUAUCAAGCUCAAGAGAUGGAGAGAGUGAUGAGAGGAGGAUACGGAGGGUGCCCUAGCUUCCAAUCAACAAUGCCUUUCUGAGCUUUUGAUUGGCCCACCCUCGCGUGUUCACCUUUGGCAUUUUCCUCGCCGAAGGCCACAUGGACAUCCUCCUUUCCCUGCUCCAGUUCCGAUUCAAGAACCUAUCGCGCGUCCCCCUCAUCCCAUGCAUGUCGCACGUGCGACAGGUGCAGUGUACACAUGUGUGGGGCUUAACACAGAUAAACAAAUAAGAGGCAUUAUUAUUCUUUAGCCCUAGCUUGUAACGUACAUGUAAGCCUCGAUCUCUUUUGUUUUACAACCUUUAGAUCAUGAUAAACAUAUCUACUCUCUUUUGAUCAGAUGAGCAAUUGUUGUAGAGCAUGUGAAGCUGUAAAUAUUUUAAGAGUGUCUAUAAUUUAUAAGUCCAGGGAGGUUAU